UUUCGAAAAUCGGACAAAGGGAGGGAAAAAAUACGUAAUAUCGACAAACAAGAUGGCGAUGAAACUUGUGGAUAUAUUGCCAACACCGGUGCAAAGAUAUGACAGAGAAGAUGAAGAUAGGUCAUUUAGACAACAAAUGCAGAUUGCACCAGUUACAAAAAGAACAGCGCCACCAUAUGGUCACAGGAAAGGAUGGAUUCCCAGAACACAAGAUGAUUUCGGAGAUGGAGGAGCGUUUCCAGAGAUCCACGUAGCCCAGUAUCCAUUAAGUAUGGGAAUGAAGAAAAGUACAUCUAACGCACUACAGGUUCAGCUUGGAAAUGACGGGAAGAUUAAAUAUGAUGCUAUAGCCAAAUAUGGUCAUGCUAAAGAUAAGGUAGUACAUUCCAAAUUCCAAGACCUGGUACCCAAAGCAUAUGAUGAGGAUGAUCCAGAAAUACAGAAACCAGACGAGGAGCAGAUACAAGACACAACAGAAGCUACUAGACAGGCUCUGGAGAAACUUGUUAAUACCAAAAUAUCAGCAGCCAUGCCUGUAAAAGCUGCUGACAAACAGGCACCAGCACAAUACAUUAGAUACACCCCUUCACAGCAAGGUAUGGCAUUCAAUUCAGGAGCUAAACAAAGAGUCAUCAGAAUGGUGGAAGUACAAAAGGAUCCAAUGGAACCUCCAAAAUUUAAAACAAAUAAAAAAAUUCCCAGAGGUCCACCAUCACCGCCAGCACCUGUUAUGCAUUCGCCAAAUAGAAAGGUGACAGUUAAAGAACAACAGGAGUGGAAAAUCCCACCAUGUAUAUCUAACUGGAAAAACGCAAAGGGAUACACAAUACCUCUAGAUAAAAGAUUGGCAGCUGAUGGAAGAGGGUUACAAGGUGUACAUAUCAAUGAAAACUUCGCCAAGUUAGCAGAAGCUUUGUAUAUAGCAGAUAGAAAGGCCAGAGAAGAAGUAGAGAUGAGAGUAAAAAUUGAUGAAAUGGUAGCUCAGGAAGAAAAGAAAAAGAAGGAAGAAAAAUUAAGACAGUUGGCCCAGGAAGCUAGGGAAGAGAGAGCUGGCAUUAGGAGUAGAGAUCACAAAGAUAAGAACGAAGAUCUUGGAGAAAGAGAUGAUUUAAGAAGAGAUAGACAGAGAGAAAGACAAAGAGAUAGAAAUUUAUCGAGAGCAGCUCCAGAUAAAAGAUCUAGACUACAGAGAGAAAGAGAAAGGGAUAUUAGUGAAAAGAUAGCUCUGGGCAUGCCCAACACUGGUGCUGGUAACCAGGAAACCAUGUUUGAUCAAAGAUUAUUUAAUACAACUAAGGGCAUGGAUAGUGGUUUCAAUGAAGAUGAUGCAUAUAAUGUGUAUGACAAACCCUUCAGACAGGAGAGUUCCAUAGCCAACAACAUUUACAGACCAUCAAAGAAUGUGGACAAAGACAUAUACGGAGACGACUUUGAUUCAUUAAUGAAAACAAACAGGUUUGUUCCUGACCGGGAGUUUGCCGGUACAGAUAGGAACCGUAGACGUGAAGGACCAGUUCAAUUUGAACAGGCUGAUGAAGAAGAUCCUUUCAAUUUGACUGAGUUCUUGAAAACAGCUAAACGUGGUGAGAAGCGGGCGGGAGAAGAUUCACGAUCGAGUAGAGACUAUGACGGAAGUAAAAGUAAACAGAAGAGAAGGGAAUAGAUAAAAUUACAAACAAUCAGCAAAAACAUUAAAUCAUGAUCUUGAUUUUACUUCAUUGUACAAUAAAAUUAUCAUUUUUACAAUCUUA